AAUCUGAGUAGUAACAGAAUCUCUAUUAUAGAACCGGGAGCAUUUCAAGGACUAAUUAAUCUGAGAAAAAUAGAUCUAUCAUAUAAUAGAAUUGGAACAAUUGAUUCAGCCAUGUUUCUUGGAUUGCCAAAGUUAGAAAAAUUAUCUUUAGACAAUAACAGAAUCAACACUUUACCUGAUGGUACAUUUAAUGAUUUAAUCUCAUUACGCAAAGUAGAAUUUGGCUCAAAUUUUCUACGAUGUGAUUGUCAUUUAAAAUGGAUGGUAAAAUGGUCUAAGAGUAAAUCAGUUCGAAUUCCACCAUCUACUGUUUGUGCUCUACCUAAAGCUAUGAAAGGACAAGUUUUUAAUAAACUAAAACGCUCAGAUUUACAUUGUGAUCAUGAUUUACAGUUACCAUAUUUUGAAAUUACACCACAUCAUAGUCAGGUUGUUUUUGAAGGAGAUAAAUUACCAUUUGAAUGUAGUGCAUCAGUAAUACAUACUAAAACUAAUAUAACAUGGAUACGUGGCCAGAAAUCAAUAAUAUCUAACAAAACAGCAGGAAUAUUUGUCCAUACUCAAUAUACCCCAGAUAAAACUCGUAUCACACAUUCAUUGGUGGUAGAAAAUUUAGACAAAUCUCAUAGUGGACAGUGGUAUUGUCAGGUUGCUACACCACAAGGUAAAGUGUCACAAGGUGUCAAUAUCAGUGUCAUAUCCAAUCAGGCUGUCUAUUGUCCAGAGGUUGUCAAGGUGACAGGAAAGGGGAAUUACUCUUGGGAGAAAACUGUUGCUGGUAUUGAAGUAAGUCAACCAUGUAAAUCACCGAAGAAUAAAGUAGCUCUGUAUAAAUGUAAUCGCUAUGGUUAUUGGGAAGAAUUAGAUGUUAUGUCAUGUUCCUAUAUGAAUGAAAUGACCAGACAACUAGAAAGACUAGCGACUGUUAACUACAACUCAACAGAUAUUUAUGAUCAUCUAGCUGAUUUUGAGAGAAUUUAUUCAUCUCCUAAAAAUGAGUUUGGUGUAAUGGAUGUGGUGUUUCUAGCUCGAAUAGUUGAGAAAUUACAAGACCAUUUGUCUGUUAGCUCAGAAAUUUCCCAGAUUAUAGUUGAUAAAAUCAGUAGUAUAAGUACAUUAGAAGAUUCAGUAUUACGUGGUGCUCAAUUACAGGAACAAGCAUCAACUAGGUAUGCAUUUCAUUGUUUUAGAACUGUGAAUGAAUCUUAUUCUUCUGCAUACAUAUCCAUAACAGUUUUACUUUUUCUUCAUCUCAUCUCAUUACAUCCCAAGAUCUUUAGAUUUAUCUUUAUCUUUAGAUUUGUUCGUGUAAUAAUGAAUAUUACCAAUAUGGCCGAAAUUCAACCACCUAAUAAAGAAUGGAGUAAAUAUUCUCAAAAUAUCAAUAUCUCAGUACUACAAGAACCUCGAGAUGAUUUAGCACGUAUUCAAGAAUCAUUUGUUAUGCAGCCAGUUAUUUAUGUUGGGAGCUGUUUAUGUAUGCUAUGUAUGAUGAUUGUUAUUAUAUCAUACAUAACAUGUUUUAGAGUCAUCUUUAUACCAAAGAAAUUAAAACACUCCGUUAUUAAUAUUUGUAUUAGUAUUCAUUUAUUGAUAGUAGCUUUCACAUUAGGUAUAAACCGUACCGACCUAGAAUUAGCUUGUCAAAUCUCUGGUAUCUGUAUUCAUUAUUUGACAUUAUGUACAGUCUUUUGGAUUACUAUUACCUCCAACAAUAUGUAUAAAAAGUUCACCAAAGGAGAUAAACCAAGUGAGCCACCACCAGAGUUAAUUAAUAUGCCCCUACCACCCAAACCUAUUUUACGAUUUUAUUUUCUUGGUUGGGGUGUACCUAUUAUAAUUUGUGGUAUUACUGCAGCUGUUAAUUUUAACCAUUAUUCUGGUAUCAAAUAUUGUUUCCUCUCUUGGGAACCAAGUUUAGGAGCCUUCUAUGGACCCAUAGCUUUACUGGUUGUGCUAAAUUUACUAUUUUUUCUACGUAUAUCGUGUGUUAUUCGAGGAGCAGCUAUUAAUAAUAGUGAUGGUGAAGAUUGUACAGAAGAGUUACAUGUUAAUGAAAUAGAACUCAUACCUAAAAAGAUCAAAGAUAGUGAAGAUGAUGAUGAAGAUGAUGAUAAUAAAUCAUCAAUUAGUGUUAUGGACCAGGAACGUAGACCUAUAACUCAACUACGUGCCAUAGUUGCCAUGUUAUUUCUAUAUAUAUUAGCUUGGGUGUGUGGUGCUGUUGCCAUAGCUAAACCAUUUCAAUCUAUUAUCCCUUAUCAAGAAUUAAUCUUCAGUUAUUUAUAUGGUGUAACAAGUACAAUUCUUGGAGUAUUUAUGGUUGUUUAUUUCUGUUUCUCAAGACAAGACUCUCGCUUGAGUUGG